AUGGCGCCAACGCUCAAAAGUCUCACGGGGAAAUAUCACCAAUCGAAGUCCACCUCCGACGUCUCACCCGUUCUUCAACUCCAAGGAUUCAACAAGAUUCUCGCUGCUACAGUAUCGAAAGCUCCGAUAAACAUCGAUGUGACACAGAAGAGCGACAACGAAGUCCAGAUCAAGCAGACUACUACAGCUUCUAUCCCGGCGAUCACGGAGGAGUGGGUCCAUGAUUGGGAAUGGAGAGAGUUCGAGGAUUCGUUCUUGGGCAAAGUAAAGAGCCGCAGCCGGUGGAGAAAGGCUGGAGAAGUCGACGAUGAAUUCCUCAAGAAAGGCAUCGAGGACAAUGAGGAGAUUGUUGAAGCUGAAGUGGAGAGCCUGGAGAAAGGAUGGAAUGCUAGACAGGUCUGGACAGUUGAAGGCAGUGGAGAGUUUGUGAGACGGGUGGUCACCAGUAAAGGGAGUGAGAGGGUUGAGACACGGCUCGUGUACGAAGAACAGCGUUGA